GGAAAGAAAAAGAUUAUUGGAGGGUAUCGGGUGCCAUUUGCAGAGACGCGUCACCAUUGAUCGUCCUUUCCUGCGCUGCCUACCCAACCAUUCCCAUGACACGCAGACUCUACCUGUCUUUCUGAUUCCUUCCAUUUACUAGUAUUAUUUUACUUUUUAAUUAUUCUUCUUACUUUUUCUUUUUAGUUUUGAAAUCUAAAAUUAAAUUUUAAUUGGUUAAUCGGAGAGAAAUCCUAGGUUCUGAAUCUUUGCAUAAAAUAAAAUUUCCAUUGGGACACAUUAGCUUUUCUUUCUGUCUAGGAAUUCAACGAUCGGUGGGAAUAUGGUAAAGGAAACGGAAUUCUAUGAUGUCCUUGGGGUCAGCCCCACCGCCACGGAGGCGGAGAUCAAGAAAGCUUAUUACAUCAAGGCACGAAAGGUUCAUCCGGAUAAAAAUCCCAACGAUCCUCUUGCUGCUCAAAAUUUUCAGGUGUUGGGAGAGGCAUACCAAGUGUUGAGUGAUCCUGCCCAACGCCAAGCCUACGAUGCUUAUGGGAAAUCUGGAAUUUCAACUGAAGCAAUCAUUGACCCUGCAGCAAUUUUUGCCAUGCUUUUUGGGAGUGAGCUUUUUGAGGACUACAUAGGGCAGCUUGCAAUGGCAUCCAUGGCUUCAUUAGACAUUUUCACAGAGGGAGAACAGUUCGAUACUAAAAAGUUGCAAGAGAAAAUGAGGGUUGUUCAGAAGGAGAGGGAAGAAAAGCUUGCGCAGAUAUUAAAAGAUCGACUCAACCAGUAUGUACAGAACAAGGAGGAGUUUAUAAAUCAUGCUGAAGCUGAAGUGACUAGACUCUCAAAUGCAGCAUAUGGUGUUGAUAUGCUGAAUACAAUUGGGUAUAUAUAUGUAAGACAAGCAGCUAAAGAGCUCGGAAAGAAAGCAAUAUAUCUUGGUGUUCCAUUUGUUGCUGAGUGGUUUAGAAAUAAAGGCCACUUCAUUAAAUCUCAAGUAACUGCAGCAACAGGUGCCAUUGCUUUGAUCCAGCUACAGGAGGACAUGAAGAAGCAGCUUAGUGCAGAGGGAAACUAUACCGAGGAAGAACUUGAAGAAUACAUGCAAUCGCACAAGAAAGUGAUGAUUGAUUCCCUGUGGAAGCUUAACGUAGCUGAUAUUGAGGCCACUCUCUCGCGUGUUUGUCAGAUGGUUCUUCAAGAUAACAGCGUAAAGAAGGAAGAUCUGCGUGCACGAGCGAAGGGGCUUAAAACUCUUGGUAAAAUCUUCCAGAGGGUGAAAUCAUCUAACGGAAGCGAGGGCGACAAUGUGGUAGAUGGUGGUGUACAUAGAUUGAAUGGAAGUGGAGCAAGUGAUGAUGCUUCUUGUCCUGGCACAUCUCCAAAAUGUAGAAAUCUGGAAGAGCCAUCUUAUAGUACGUUGACGUCGCAGAGCCCGUACGUGGAGGCUCCAAACUUGGGGGGCAGUCAGUUUGACUUCCCAAGGCCAACAGCACCACCGGGUGCGCCUAAACACAGUUCAAGAGGCAGCGAGUGAAAGGUUUGUAUGGAAUUGAAUGUUUGUACAAAUAGGUGAUGUAAUGUAUGCAAGACGGUGAGGGGGAAAGGUUUGAUGAUUUCCCCAUCACUGGAUUCGUUUGUAAUGUACAAUAGUUUGUCUGUUUUGGUUUGAGUGUGUGGUUAAAUUACUGUACAAUUAUACAAAUGAAAAUCUUUUGUUGGAAUUCA